GAGGGUGGGGCAGGGAGGGUGGGGGCCUGGCUGUGGAUUCCUCACGAGUUGCCGAGGGCUUGUUUUCAGGGCAGGGCCUGGCGGGUGGAGAAGCCCUGAGGACCAGCGACCCCAACCUUUCCCGCUGCAGGGGGCAGGGUGGCAUUGCCCUGUGCCGAGAGCUGGAGGGCCGGGGACCCAGCCCAGCCCUUCCCCGGCUGCCAGCCGGGCUCUGCUGCCUGGGGCUGGGCUGGCCUGCAGAGCCCUGGCUGCGAAGCCUCCAACCGGCCUGCUCGCCGGAUCGUCUGCAGCCCGGCGUGGGCACGCGGAAGGGCCGCUGCCCGCCCCCCACUCCAGACUGCUGCAAGCGGACUGGCUUGUGCCGCUCGCGUUCCUGCGGAGUUAAAGGCACUGAAGUCCCUCCCCGUCCCAGGCGGGUCAGACCCUGGAGAUGACCCCGGACGCCAGCGUGGGGGCUGACGGAGGGCCCCAAUCCGCCGGUGGCCCUCCCCCGGGCGGCGGUGCCCCCUGGCACCUUCGAAACGUCCUCAGCGACUCAGUGGAGAGCUCGGACGAUGAAUUCUUUGAUGCCAGAGAGGACAUGGCCGAAGGGAAGAAUUCCAUUCUCAUCGGGAUGAGCCAGUGGAGUUCUAACGACCUGGCGGAGCAGAUGGGGACCUUGGGGAGACUGGAGGGGCACCAGGGAGAUGGGAGCGCCCCGUGCACAUCCAGCGCCCUCCAGGAGAAGCAGCGAGAACUGUAUCGGGUUUCCUUGAGAAGACAGAGGUUCCCGGCCCAGGGCAGCAUCGAGAUCCACGAAGACAAUGAGGAAGGCUGCCCGCGGCGCUCCUGCAAGACGCACGUGCUCCUGCUGGUGCUCCACGGGGGCAACGUCCUGGACACGGGCGCGGGGGACCCCGCCUGCAAGGCGGCCGACAUCCACACCUUCGGCUCCGUGCUGGAGAAGGUCACGCGCGCCCACUUCCCGGCGGCCCUGGGCCACAUCCUCAUCAAGUUCGUGCCCUGUCCUGCCGUCUGCUCCGAGGCCUUCUCGCUCGUCUCUAACCUGAACCCCUACAGCCACGAUGAGGGCUGCCUCGGCAACAGCCAGGACCACGUCCCCCUGGCCGCCCUGCCCCUGCUGGCCAUCUCCUCUCCACGGUACCAGGACGCGGUGGCCACCGUCAUCGAGCGGGCCAACCAGGUCUACACAGAGUUCCUCAAGUCCCCUGACGGAAUCGGCUUCAGUGGGCAGGUGUGUCUCAUCGGGGACUGUGUGGGGGGCCUCCUGGCCUUCGAUGCCAUCUGCUACAGCGCGGGGCCCUCGGGUGACAGUCCGGGCGGCAGCAGCCGGAAGGGCAGCAUCAGCAGCACCCAGGACGCCCCCGUCGUGGCGGACGAGGCGUGCGGUCUGGCCGGCAGCAAGCGUCUCAGCAAGAGCAGCAUUGACGUCUCCGGCGUGCCGGACGAGGACGCCUCGGAGCCCCAGAGGCCGUUGCCUCGGAAACAGAGCGACUCCUCCACCUACGACUGUGAGGCCAUCGGCCAGCAUCAUGCCUUCCUGUCCAGCAUCCACUCGAACGUGCUGAAGGACGAGGCCGAGCCCCCCGCGGCCGGGGGGCUCCCGCCGCCCGAGGUCAGCCUGGGUCGCUUGGACUUCGACGUGUCCGACUUCUUCCUCUUUGGCUCGCCCCUGGGCCUGGUCCUGGCCAUGCGGAGGACAGUGCUGCCGGGACUGGACGGCUUCCAGAUGCGUCCCGCCUGCAGCCAGGUCUACAGUUUCUUCCACUGUGCGGACCCCUCUGCUUCGCGGCUGGAGCCCCUGCUGGAGCCCAAGUUCCACCUGGUGCCGCCCGUCAGCGUGCCCCGCUACCAGAGGUUCCCGCUGGGCGACGGGCAGUCCCUCCUGCUGGCUGACGCUCUGCACGCCCACAGCGGCCUCUUCCUGGAGGGCGGCUCACGGGACAGCCCACCGCCCCCGGACGCCCCCGCCCCGCCUCCUCAGGCCCCGGGGGCCCAGUGCCCUGCACGGAGGAUGAGCCGGGACAGCUCCCACAGCGACAGCUCAGACUCCUCAGACAGCCUGGCCCCCGCGGGCGUCUCCCACAUCACGGCCAAGUGGUGGGGCGCCAAGCGUAUCGACUACGCCCUGUACUGCCCCGACGUCCUCACGGCCUUCCCCACCGUGGCCCUGCCCCACCUCUUCCACGCCAGCUACUGGGAGUCCACGGACGUGGUAGCCUUCAUCCUGAGACAGGUGAUGCGCUACGAGAACGUGACCGUCAAGGAGAACGCGGGCCUGGAUCCUGCGGCCCUGAGCCCCGCCAACCCCCGUGAGAAGUGGCUUCGCAAGAGGACCCAGGUCAAGCUGCGGAACGUCACCGCGAACCACCGGGCCAACGACGUGAUCGCCGCGGAAGACGGCCCGCAGGUCCUGGUGGGGCGCUUCAUGUACGGGCCCCUGGACAUGGUGGCUCUGACCGGAGAGAAGGUGGACAUCCUGGUGAUGGCGGAGCCGUCCUCGGGCCGCUGGGUGCAUCUGGACACGGAGAUCACCAACAGCAGCGGCCGCGUCACCUACAGCGUCCCGCGGCCCCGGCGCCUGGGGGUGGGCGUCUACCCCGUGAAGAUGGUCGUCAGGGGCGACCAGACCUUUGCGAUGAGCUACCUCACGGUGCUGCCCCGGGGCAUGGAGUGCGUGGUGUUCAGCAUCGACGGGUCCUUCGCGGCCAGCGUGUCUAUCAUGGGAAGUGACCCCAAGGUCCGGCCGGGGGCCGUGGACGUCGUCCGGCACUGGCAGGAUCUGGGCUACCUGAUCCUGUACAUCACGGGGCGGCCGGACAUGCAGAAGCAGCGGGUGGUGUCCUGGCUGUGCCAGCACAACUUUCCACAGGGCAUGAUCUUCUUCUCCGACGGGCUGGUGCACGACCCCCUGCGGCAGAAGGCCAUCUUCCUCCGCAACCUCGUGCAGGAGUGUUUCAUCAGAAUCAGCGCGGCCUACGGCUCCACUAAGGACAUCUCCGUGUACAGCGUGCUGGGUCUGCUGCCCUCCCAGAUCUUCAUCGUGGGCCGGCCCACCAAGAAGUACCAGGCCCAGUGCCAGUUCCUGAGCGAGGGCUACGCAGCCCACCUGGCGACGCUGGAGGCCGGCCACCGCUCGCGCCCGAAGAAGAACAACUCGCGGAUGGUGCUGCGCAAGGGCAGCUUCGGCCUGCACGCGCAGCCCGAGUUCCUGCGGAAGCGCAACCACCUGCGCAGGACCAUGUCCGUGCAGCAGCCCCACCCGCCCGCCAACCCCAAGCCCGAGCGGGCCCAGAGCCAGCCCGAGUCCGACAAGGACCAGGAGCGGCCCCUGCCCGCGCUCAGCUGGGCGCGCGGGCCCCCCAAGUUCGAGUCGGUGCCCUGAGAGCCGGGCUGCGCGCAGAGGGCCGGGGCCGGGCGGGGGUGGGGGGUGCUGCUCCCCGAGACGGGCCGUUUCCUGCUUUUCCCCGCCCCCGUGUGUGUCCAGCGGUGUCCGAGCAGAGCGGGGAGGGACCCUGCCGAGCCCCGGGGAGGGGGCUCCCUGGGCCGCGAGGGGGUGAGACCCCAGGGUCUCCGCAGCCGCGGCUGCCUCCCCGUGCGGGACCUGGGACCGCGAGCCCGUCAGGGGCGGUGUCCGUGGAGUCCUGGGGGGCAGGCCUGCCCCGAGCUGGCCGGUCUGACAGAGUCGACCACCUUUCUGGGGUCCACGCAGGCCCUAAAGGGAGAAGCCGCCAGACCGGGAAUCAGCAGCCGCUGGCAGGUGCAGCCUCCCAGCGGCCUGGGGGACGGACAAGUGGCAUCGUGCCGGCCCCCCUGUGACAUCCUGGGUCAGCCUCACGGGCCUGGCUUUCCUGUGGCAAAGUGGCCACUUUCUGGGAGGGAGGGGACAUCCCCCGGGGCUCCUCCUGUGUCCGCGUGUCUGUCCACGGCCCUUGUGGGGGUGGGGGGGGUGGCGGGGUCUGGUGCUGACGGUCUGUCCUUCUGCGGCUGUCCAUUGUCCCCGUCUUGUCCUCGGUAUUCCUACCGUUCACCCGCGGCCCGAGAGGACGGCCAUUCCUCUUCCCGGGGUCCUGCCUGGGGCCCUCCCUGGGGAGGCUGCGGCCCUGGGCGCUGGCCCGGCUGGGCUGGCUGAGAGCCCUUGAGCCCCUCGUCGCCCUCUCUGGGCCCUGGCUUCCUUACGGAAUUGGAAGGCCCCCCCCCACCGGCUGAGACUGGUGCGCGGUUUCUGACUCCUGGGCUGUCUUCUGUCUUGCACUUCUGUGCCCUGGGGCUUUCUGGGCCUCAGAGCCCCUCAGACCACCCGAGCUCCACCUUCCACACUGUCUGAGAGAGGGGCUCCGGGGGGAACCUCACUGUCGCCCCACCGCUUGGGGAGGGAGGGGGAUGGGAAGGGGUCCCGGCUCCGUGAGGCAGUGUGCUUUUGCACUGAUGCCCAAACCAAACCACGUGUCCCGGCAGCAGGGACACCCCCCACCCCGGGGGCCGGGCUCGCCCUCCCCAGCGCUGCUCACGCUGACUCUGUUUUGGCUCCUGGAGGGCAUAGAGCUGAGAUCCCAGCAUUCCGGGGGCGCGUGUCAUUUUGGCUCAAACUGUUGUACUCUUCUCCCUUCCGCCUGCCACUCAGCUUGGUUUGGGGCCCACGCCCUCCUCCUGGGCCGUCCCGUGAGGUGGGCAGGGCUCUCCUGCAGCCCAGCCCAGGCCCACACCCGCCCCGGCCUGCUUCGGAGCCCCUGAGGCUGGCCCAGCUCCUCCAGGCGGGGCUGUGCCCGAGUCCAGGCACCUGCGUGGGCCCGUGUCGCUUCUGCUCCGUGUCUACCUCUCGCGGCUCCCACGUGGCCAGCGUCCUCCCCGCAGCGGCUGCUGUGACCUGCCCAGCAGACCUGCUGGGGCUGGAGGGGUCCGGGCUCCCGGCCCCCACCCCGCUCUCUCCAGUGUGCGGCACCCCCCUCCCCCAGCCCUGCGGCUCCCCUGUAGGCAGGGGCAGGUACCCUGGGGGUGUCCUCUCCAGCCCUGCCUCCUGGGUUCGCAGGUGCCCAUCCCUCCUUCCACAGUUGGUCGUCGGGGCUCCCCAGAAGGUACGAGGUCGUAGGCACAGCUACUCGCACCCCAGGCCUUCCUGUCCUUCCCGAAAUCUAGCCUGCGUUGAAGUCGGGCGGACUUACUCCGAUUCUCUGAGGCUCUGCCAUCCCCUUUCCUUCCAGAAGCCCCUGCCGUCAGGCUCCACUGAUAAAUUAGUGGAGUUAUGUCCUCCCGAGUUAGGUUCCCUCUGCCCUGUGAGCCCCAGGCUAGGAGUGAGGGACACAGAGUGACAGAACACCAGGACCCUGGGGAGUUUGGAGUCCCAGUGAGCAGGGUACUGUGGCUGGGGAUCUGGGGUUCUGGGGGUGCUGUGGUUUUGGGGGUCCAGGGUUCUGGGGGGGUGCUGGGGGUCCCGUGGUUCUGGGGGUGCAGAGUUCUGAGGCUGCUGGGGUUCUGGGGGUGCUGUGAUCAUGGGGGUCCGGCAGGAGGCCACCCCUUCUCCUUUGUGGAACCGGACGACUCACACCUGCGACUGGGGGGAUGAAAGGCGGCGUCCUGAGCCCGCCUCUCGGGUUAGUGGGCGUGUGCGCAUGCGCGCGAGCGCCCCUCCGCCUUGGCGUUGGUUAACGCGCGCUCCCGGACGAGUGGUUUGUGCGGUUUUGUCCGUGCGUUGAAGUUGGAGGGAGACGAGCAGGCUGCGUUGUUCCCUGGAGGGGGUGCCGCCGCCCCUCCCCGAGUGGGUCCGUGAGCCCGCCUGGCUGUUUCCCAGAGAACCCUUCCGGUCCCCGGUGCGCCCUCUCCCGGGACCUGGAGCAUCCUUCUUCCCGCCUGAUCAGAGCUCCUCGUUUCUCGCGUGGCAUGUUCGUUCUUCCCUGUCUGGUGGCCGUCCCUGUCGGAGGGCCUGCCUGCCGCCCUCCCCCGCGCUCGCCCCGAGGGGGUCUCGGGGGCCUACCUUUCUGGCUUCGUGGGGUUUUCCUGAAGAUCUCGACCUGCCCUUGGGCUCCACAAAACAUGCGUUUAAAAAAGUGGACCGUUUUUUUUUUGACGCACUUGGACGGACGGCCCUCCUGUCUGGGUGCUGGGCCACAGACACCGCGUCUGAACCCCGUAUUCCAAAGAGGUUACGGGGGCGUGGGUCCCCGGAAAGAGGGGAGGCUGGAUCUCCUGGCUUUUUGAACUGUUUUUACCACUUUGGAGCCCCUGGUCUGCACCCUGGGAGUGUCCUACAGGCAAAACAGGGCGCGCAUCUUUAAAUGAAAGCCAGAGGCCCGAGCAGGCGGCUCUGGUUCCCCGUGGACACCCUCCCUAAGCAUGGGCGCAGCCCCGCCAGGGAGGGGGGGCCCUAGCUGGGAAGGAGCCUCAAGGCCGGACCCCGCCUUAAAUAACCAGCUUCCCCGCCGAAUUCCCCGGGUCUGGGCACCAAGUGCUCUGGAAACCCGUUCUCUGGCUCAGCCAAAACACCCAACCCCUCGCUCCUUCCCCUCCCUCUGGGCUUGGGGGAACCUUAAAAAUCACAGCUGGGGUUAAGUCCACGCAAGGAGGCCCGGGGCCUGGGGGGGGGGGGGAGUAGAGUCACUGAGGAGGGGCAGGACGGCUCGCCCCUGGGGACCUCCACCCUCGAACCCCUGUCCUCUGUUUACUCCGAGGUGGCAGCCCGUCCCGUCUUGUCCGUGGUCCGACUGUUCCUAAAUGUGUGACUCUCAGUAUUGCCAGUGGCAGCCGGUUCUGUGGUGAAAAAGGUUUAUUCCCUUCCUCACGGCUGCCUUGUACAAAAUCCGUUAGAAAAGGAAAUGUAAAAUAUCAGAUUUCUAAAGCGCCAAACACAGCACUACGGGGUUAAAAGAUUUUUACUACUGGUCUUGAUUUUGACGUGAGCUGGUUUUUAACUCUUGAACGUUGUCACUGAAAUAAAAACCUGAUUUGCCUUUAAA